AGGGCGAGAUCAGAAAAUCAUAUUCAUCAACAAUAAUCAAAAUGGCGGAUUCUGAGAGGAUUGUAAACGAUCUUAAAAACAGUAAACAAGACGAGGAAGAAGAAGAUCUAUGGUCUGCCAUACUAAAUGACGUCUCAUCGUCUACGUCAAAAAAACUACCAUCAAACAAGUCUAUACUCCUUUUAGGCAACGAUGGCACUGGUAAGACCAGUUUGAUCGUAAAACUACAAACCGGUGCGGCAGAAAUCAAGAAAGGUCAUGCAAUGGAAUACAGCUACAUUGAUAUCUACGAUGAAGAUAGAGACGACAGCACAUGGUUAAAUGUUUGGGUAAUGGAUGGGGAUGCCCGAUAUAAAAAUAUCUUGAAGUUUGCUGUGACAAAGAAGUCUGCUAAAGAUGUAACGGUCAUUCUGAUUGGAGAUAUGUCAAGACCGUGGACAAUAAUGGACAAUUUGAACUCAUGGGUUCAUGUCCUUAGAGAGCAUAUUCAUUCAUUAAACUUAUCUCCAAAGGAAUUGAAUGAAAUGGAAAGCAGAAUAACAAAACAAUUUCAAGAGUAUAUUGACCCAGAGCAAAAUGACGAGAAAAAGAAACUAGGAAGUGAAGAAGAGGACGUCGUUUUACCUCUGGAUCCUGAAAUUUUAACAGACAAUCUUGGUUUUCCCAUAGUUGUUGUUUGUACCAAGACGGAUUCCAUGUUGAGUCUAGAAAAGGAAAGAGAUUUUAAGAACGAACAUUUCGAUUUUAUUCAACAGCAAAUUAGAAGAUUUUGUUUGAAAUAUGGCGCCGGCUUAGUGUAUACCUCUGUGAAAGAGUCCAAAAAUUGUAAUCUGUUGAAACAGUACCUUCUCCAUAAAAUAUACAGCUUCCCAUUUAGAGUUCCAGCUUCAGUACUUGAUAGAGAGUCCAUAUUCAUACCAAGUGGUUGGGACAACAUGUCAAAAAUAUCUAUUCUUAAUGAGCAAAUGACACGGAUCAAUCCGGAAGACGCCUUCGAGGACCAUAUAAAAAAGCCAGAAUACAGACGUCCGAUCCAAGAUAAAGAAUUGGAAUGCGAAGACGAACAAUCUUUCCUGGAAAAGCAACAGCAAGCAUUACUCAAAAAUCCACCACCGCCAGGGCUGUCGCGCCCGCCAGGAAUGACGGACAUUACCAAAUCCAGAAUAUCUGCUUCUCCUGCUGCAAGUCGUAUUUCACCUGGUGGUCGAGCAGCUGCCGGCGUAGGCAGUGCUAUAAAAACAAAGGAUGGUGUGAAAACCGCUGCCCAAGCUCCGGGCGAGGGCGUUCUUGCCAAUUUCUUCAACAGUUUGCUGAGCAAAAAAUCAAACGCGCCAGCCGUUACCAGGCAAGGCGCAAGCGCCGAAUUGGAAAAAAUGACGCGGACGAAAAAAAUGGCAGAGAGCAAUACGCCGGGCGCGGAUAGUUCUUGAGGCUGCUGCCUUGCUAAUAUAUAUAUAUAUAUAUAUAAGGCUAGUGCAUAUCUAUGGAUCGUACGCAUUUUUUCAGGAACAACUAUGGCACGUCCAUAAUUGAGUGAGCUGUUGCCUUCUGCUUGUGCACAUAUGGAGAAGAAUAUGACAUAAAAAAUGUUGUUUGAGAUUGUGAAAUAGCUAAGUAGAAUUUUUCCAUGCAUGUUUAUGGACAUCAACAUUUCACUGUCGUGCUAAUAGUUUUCUCGUCCAGCGGUCGGUUGUACAAAAGGUAAUUGUCGUAGCAGAGUAGACAGCAUAGCUGUAAUAUUGCAAUCGAUGUAUUGAAUAUCUUCAGUAAAAUUAAAAUCUGGAGUGCGGACGGUA